AUGUCCGUUCCCAUUUCCGAGAUGGUGAAGUAUGAUGACAAAUUUUUGGGUGACAUUCAUUCUAUCCAACUACAGACGACAAGAGUUUCUCUUUACCCUCAUCAUGCAUCUGUAUUACCUAGGCCUAAGGAUUAUCUGACGAGAGCAAAUAAACGCAAGAACAUGGCUUUUAGAAAGACAAAUGUAUUUGUUCGAGAGCAUAUAGAGAGUGUAAACAGGACAGAUAUAAAUGUAUUGACAGUAAUGGGGGGUGUUGUUCGGUUAAUUGAUAAACAAGUUUAUUUUUUACUUGUCAAUGUAAUACACCCUAAAACAAAGGCGUUGGCGAAUAACGAGUUGAUGGUGGUGCAAGGUUAUAGUAAAAGAAAGCGAGAUGGACAGAUGAACAUGGCCACUUUAAACACAAAUAUAACCCGUGGGGGUGAGAGUGUGAAGAAUAACGUUACAGAGGUAUGUGUUACAUGA